AAGCCGUUUUAAAAGACUAGAAAGCAAAACAACCUCCACUCCAAAAUGAUGAUAGGUACAGGGCCUUUCACUAGCACCCCCUACCCACCCCCUAGAAUUUACCUUAACCCUCCCCUCCCCUUUUCUAAUCGUUUUUAUUGCUUCUCCCCACCUUCAGUCUAUGGCCUCAGCAGCGCAGGCUGGGCUCCUGAAGCAGCAAGAAGAAUUAGAAAGGAAAGCUGCAGAAUUGGACAGAAAGGAGCGUGAACUGCAGAACAGCGCAGCUGGCUUUGACACAAAACAGAACAACUGGCCCCCGCUCCCAAAGAUUUGCCCCAUCAAGCCUUGCUUCUAUCAAGAUUUCUCUGCGGAGAUCCCAGCAGACUAUCAGCACGUUUGCAAAAUGAUGUAUUACCUGUGGAUGUUUCACUCGGUCACCUUGCUGUUAAACUUCCUCGCCUGCCUGGCAGUAUUCACAGUGGAACCCACCACCACGGGAUCAGAUUUCGGCCUGUCCAUCUUAUGGCUCGUCUUGUUCACCCCCUGCGCCUUCCUCUGCUGGUAUCGGCCAGUUUACAAGGCUUUCAGGUCUGACAGCUCCUUCAGUUUCUUUGUCUUCUUCUUCAUAUUUUUCUGCCAAAUAAUCGCCCACAUCGUCCAGGCUGUUGGUAUCCCUAACUGGGGGAGCAGCGGCUGGAUUUUUGCCUUCUCCGCGACCCAAAACCUGGCUGUGAAGAUUAUCAUGGUGGUGGUAGCCAUGUUCUUCACGACCUGCGCCGUGCUCUCCCUCUUCCUGCUGAAACGAGUCCACUCGCUCUAUCGCCGGACAGGCGCCAGCUUCCAGAGAGCCCAGGAAGAAUUCUCCCAAGGCAUCCUCAGCAACAGGAACUUUCAGACGGCGGCUAGCGGAGCAGCUUCCGCGGCGACUCAGAAUGCUUUCCAGGGAAACUGAGCUUCCCCAGCGAGGCGCCUGCUUCCGUUCCUCACGGUACCUGAUCGCCCACGUUCAGGUGGUCUUCACCCCACCCCACCCCUUCCUGGGUGCCAGCCUUAACUCCCACGAAGCUCACAGGAAGUUUUCUCUCCAACUUUGCCCCCCCCCCCCCCCCGCCCCCGUCUCUCCAUCCGCGUCUUGUUGGAAAGUGCAAAAUUCAGGAGUGCCUAAAACCCUUUGGUGUGAUUUUCUUUGUUUUUUUUUUUUCCUCCCUUCCCUCUUUCCUUCUUCGUUCCCUCCCUCCUUCCUUCCCUUCCAAUAUACAUAUCUUGUUUUUUUACUGAAAACGUGUGUGUUUCCUGCACUUUUCUUUCCUUUGGGCCGGGCGGUUGGGGGGGGGGGGGCGGGAAAAAAAGCGAUUUUUGCACUCUUGACUCUCCCGCCGGAAGCCUCCCUGAACAAUUCCUUCCCUUCGUCUUCCUGGCCGCUGCCUUUGAUGAUUUUUUAAUGAGCUGAAGAUCGUUAACCGCCAGUGUAGGAUGAGCUGUAUAGUACGGGCUGUUUUUUUUUUUCCCCCCUGGUAUAUGUUUUCUGGGAGAUGCGAAAGGCACAAUUUGUGGCAGACACUCCUGGCUCCCCAAAGCCAGCAAAGCAAACCAGGUUUCCUAUCUGGGGGUUGGAAUUUUGGAUGGUUGGGGAAGCAUAAAGAUUUAUUCCCCAGUCACAUUAAGCCCCCUGAACAUUAGCAACCUGGAUUUUGAAAGGAGGUGAUGGGGUUUCAGGUGAAGCAGUGCAGCAAACCUUGAGAUGAAGGAGACAAUUAUUUCUAAUUCGAUUUUAUUCAGUGCUGUCAUAUAUCUGCUUUGGUCCCUCUGCCCUCCUCGCCCAGCCUCAAUGCAACUGCCAAAGCAAACACUUCUUCAAGGAACACGUUUUAGCAAAAGCUCCCGUUUCUCAAUAAUAAUAAUAAUAAUAAAAUAGGCCUAUGGAAACACCUCCUCUGAUUUUUACCAGAAUUUUUUCCCCCCACAGUUGCCGGCACCUUUAGUUUCAAAAUAAAAUUUGGAGAGAAAAAGACCAGAGUUUUACCCAAGGCUUGUUUGGAGCAGAAUGGAUGACAGGCAGCUACCUCCAAAAUCUUAAAAUCUCUUUUUUUAUUCAAAGCUGAAUGACAGCCGUUAAAAAAAA